GGGCCUGUGGGAGCCACGCACGCACGCCGUGCACGCCACGCACGCACGUCCAGCCAAUCAGCGCCCAAGCCGGUACCAGCGAGGCGGGGGCGGAGCGACUGCUACACAUGCGCGCGGCUGCGCAGACCUCUUUCCUUCCUUCUCGCCGCGCGCCGCCGACAUGGUGUUCAGGCGCUUCGUGGAGGUCGGCCGGGUGGCCUACGUCUCCUUCGGACCUCACGCCGGAAAGCUGGUCGCGAUUGUCGAUGUCAUCGACCAGAACAGGGCGCUGGUGGAUGGACCCUGCACUCGGGUGAGGCGCCAGGCCAUGCCUUUCAAGUGCAUGCAGCUCACCGACUUCAUCCUCAAGUUCCCACACAGUGCCCGCCAGAAGUAUGUCCGACAAGCCUGGCAGAAGGCUGACAUCAAUACAAAGUGGGCAGCCACGAGAUGGGCCAAGAAGAUUGAAGCCAGAGAAAGAAAAGCCAAGAUGACAGACUUUGAUCGUUUCAAAGUCAUGAAGGCAAAGAAAAUGAGAAACAGGAUAAUCAAGAAUGAAGUUAAGAAGCUGCAGAGGGCUGCUAUCAUAAAGGCUUCUCCCAAAAAGGCACCUGUUGCGAAGGCUGCAGUGGCAGCUGCCGCUGCCGCUGCAGCUAAAGCUAAAAUUCCAGCAAAGAAAGUGACUCCUGCCGCCAAGAAGGCCUCGGGCCAGAAGGCGCCUGCCCAGAAAGCUGCCAGUGAAAAGGCCGUGCCUCCGCCAAAGGGGCAGAAGGGUCAGAAGGCUCCAGCCCAGAAGGCGCCAGCUCCAAAGGCAUCAGGCAAGAAAGCAUGAGGCUCUUAGAAAGGAAUAAAGGUUCUUUCUGACAUGUUG